GCACUCCACCCUCAGUGAUGCUCUUCACCCAUGGGCACUGAAUCUGGACAUAUUGGCGCCAUUUUGGAGCUAGGAGGGGGAAGAGAGCUGCAGAGGAGGACACGAUUGAUCACAAUUCACCCUAACAGGAAGUGAAGAGCUAAAGAGGAUGGCUCACUCUAAAGCUCGAGUCACAGAUGGGAAGGUGACCUACCCCCCGGGGGUCAAGGAAAUCUCUGACAAAAUCUCUAAAGAGGAAAUGGUCCGCAGGCUCAAGAUGGUCGUGAAGACCUUCAUGGACAUGGACCAGGACUCUGAAGAAGAGAAGGAGCUGUACCUGAACCUGGCUCUCCACCUGGCCUCAGACUUCUUCCUCAAACACCCCGACAAGGACGUGCGUCUGCUGGUGGCCUGCUGCCUCGCCGACAUAUUCAGGAUUUACGCUCCAGAGGCCCCGUACACUUCUCCGGAUAAGCUCAAGGACAUUUUCAUGUUCAUCACAAGGCAGCUCAAAGGACUGGAGGAUACUAAAAGCGCUCAGUUCAACAGAUACUUCUACCUGCUUGAGAACAUCGCCUGGGUGAAGUCCUACAACAUUUGCUUUGAGCUUGAAGACAGCAAUGAGAUCUUCACCCAGCUUUACAGAACCCUGUUCCAGGUCAUCAACAACGGCCACAACCAGAAGGUGCACAUGCAUAUGGUGGACCUGAUGAGCUCCAUCAUCUGCGAGGGAGACACCGUGUCCCAGGAGCUGCUGGACACCGUGCUGGUGAACUUGGUGCCGGCUCAUAAGAAUCUGAACAAACAAGCAUACGACCUGGCUAAAGCUCUGCUGAAGAGGACCGCCCAGGCUAUCGAGCCCUACAUCACCAACUUCUUCAACCAGGUGCUGAUGCUGGGAAAGACGUCAGUCAGUGAUCUGUCUGAACACGUUUUCGACCUCAUCCUAGAGCUUUACAACAUAGACAGCCACCUGCUGCUCUCAGUGCUGCCGCAGCUGGAGUUUAAGCUAAAGAGUAAUGAUAAUGACGAGAGGCUGCAGGUGGUGAAGCUGCUGGCUAAGAUGUUCGGAGCCAAGGACUCUGAGUUGGCUGCGCAGAACAAACCUCUCUGGCAGUGUUACCUGGGCAGGUUCAAUGACAUCCACGUGCCUAUCAGACUGGAGUGUGUGAAGUUCGCCAGUCACUGUCUAAUGAACCACCCGGACCUGGCGAAAGACCUCACAGAAUUCUUGAGGGUCAGAUCACAUGACCCAGAGGAGGCCAUCCGCCAUGAUGUCAUCGUCUCUAUCGUAACAGCUGCCAAGAAAGACUUGUCUCUAGUCAACGAUGCGUUACUGAACUUUGUGAAGGAGAGGACCUUGGACAAAAGAUGGCGUGUUCGUAAGGAGGCCAUGAUGGGGCUGGCGUCGAUCUACAGGAAGUACUCACUGCAGGGAGAGGGAGGCAGGGAGGCCUCCAAACAGAUUUCCUGGAUCAAAGACAAGCUGCUCCACAUCUACUACCAGAACAGCAUCGACGACAGGUUGUUGGUGGAGCGAGUCUUUGCUCAGUACAUGGUUCCUCACAACCUGGAGACCUCAGAGAGGAUGAAGUGUCUGUACUACCUGUACGCCACCCUGGACACAAACGCUGUCAAAGCUCUGAAUGAGAUGUGGAAGUGCCAGAAUCUGCUGAGACACAACGUCAAAGACCUGCUGGACUUGGUCAAAAAACCCAAGUCUGAAGCAUCAAGCAAGGCUGUGUUCGCCAAAGUCAUGGUGAUCACAAGGAACCUUCCGGACCCGGGGAAAGCUCAGGACUUUGUGAAGAAGCUGGCUCAGGUCCUGGAAGAUGACGAGCGGAUCAGAGAUCAGUUGGAAACCCUGGUCAGCCCCUCGUGCUCCUGCAAGCAGGCUGAAGUCUGUGUGCGAGACAUCACGAAGAAGCUCGGCAGCCCCAAACAGCCCAGCAAUCCAUUCCUGGAGAUGGUUAAAUUCCUGCUGGAGAGAAUCGCUCCUGUUCACAUCGACACAGAGUCCAUCAGCGCGUUGAUAAAGCAGGUGAACAAAUCUAUAGAUGGAACAGCUGAUGAUGAGGAGGAGGGCGUCCCCACGGAGGAGGCCAUCAGAGCCGGACUGGAGCUGCUGAAGGUGCUGUCGUUCACACACCCGGUGUCGUUCCACUCUGCGGAGACGUUCGAGUCCUUGUUGGGUUGCCUGAAGAUGGAUGAUGAGAAGGUUGCAGAGGCUGCACUGCAGAUCUUUAAGAACACAGGCAGCAAGAUGGAAGAGAGUUUCCCUCACAUCAAAUCUGUUCUCCUGCCGGUACUGCAGGCUAAAGCAAAGAGAGGCCCCCCACGCCAGGCCAAGUAUGCCAUCCACUGCAUCAACGCCAUGUUCACCAACAGAGACACACACUUUGCCCAAAUCUUUGAGCCUCUACACAAAGGCCUGGACCCUGCUAACCUGGAGCAGCUCAUCACUCCUCUGACCACCCUGGGUCACCUGGCUCAGCUGGCCCCAGAACAGUUUGCUGCACCGCUCAAAUCUCUAGUCGCCAACUUCAUCGUGAAGGACCUGCUGAUGAACGACAGGACCCCGGGCAAGAAGACGACUAAACUUUGGGUUCCUGAUGAGGAAGUGUCUGCAGAGACGAUGGCUAAGAUCCAGGGCAUCAAGCUGAUGGUGAGGUGGUUACUAGGAGUGAAGAACAACCAGAGCAAAUCAGGCAACUCCACCCUGAGGAUGCUGACUGCCAUUCUCCACAGUGAUGGAGACCUCACCGAGCAGGGCAGGAUGGGUAAACCUGACAUGUCGAGGCUGCGGCUGGCAGCAGCGUGCGCCCUGCUGAAGCUGGCGCAGGAGCCUUGCUAUCAUGAAAUCAUCACACUGGAGCAGUAUCAGCUGUGUGCUCUUGUCAUCAAUGAUGAGUGCUACCAGGUGCGACAGUGUUUCUCCCAGAAGCUCCACCGAGGCCUGUGUCGUCUCCGUCUGCCUCUGGAAUACAUGGCAGUGUUCGCUUUGUGUGCCAAGGACCCGGUGAAGGAGAGGAGGGCUCACGCUCGGCAGUGCCUGGUGAAGAACGUCAACAUACGCCGAGAGUACCUCAAGCAGCACGCGGCCAUCAGCGACAAGCUGUUCUCUCUUCUGCCGGAGUACGUGGUGCCCUACGCCAUCCACCUGCUGGCCCACGACCCAGACUACGUCAAAGUGCAGGACAUCGAGCAGCUCAAAGAAAUCAAAGAGGCUUUGUGGUUCGUCCUCGAGAUCAUCAUGGCCAAGAACGAGAACAACAGCCACGCCUUCAUCAGGAAAAUGGUAGAAAACAUCAAACAAACAAAAGAUGCUCAGACCCCCACCGACACCAAAACCAACGAGAAACUUUACACAGUCUGUGACGUAGCCAUGAACAUCAUCAUGUCGAAGAGCACCACCUACAGCCUGGAGUCGCCUAAAGACCCAACGCUGCCCUCAAGGUUCUUCACCAAACCAGACAAGAAUUUCAGCAACACAAAAAACUAUCUCCCUCCAGAAAUGAAGGCGUUCUUCACACCAGGAAAGCCAAAGGCGGCUAACGUUUUGGGAGCAGUAAACAAGCCGCUGUCGACGGCAGGGAAACAGCUUCAGAGUAAAGCUUCUCGUAUGGAGACCGCCAGCAUCGAGGACUCCAAUUCUAACCCAGGGUCUCCACAACGCGGCAAGACCAGGCAUGACAGCACAGAAAUGGAUCGUAGUGAAAAUGAGGACUUCACCCUGAAGAGAUCAGACAGCACUGACAAGGACAUUGAAAAGCCUCGAGGUCGCAAACGAGGCGUGGCAUCCAGCGACGACCAGGACAGCAAGCCAAAGCGAGGACGCAAGAAGGCCCCCGCCAACACGGCUGCAGCGGCCGAGUCUGAAGACCAGUGGGACGAGGACAACCGGCCCGAGGACGAACAGAACAGCCCGCCCAAAAAGGGACGCAGAGGUCGGCCCCCAAAGGCCGCCACGCCCAGUCAGGACACACCCGCCAAGGGGAAGAGGGGGAGAAAGAAGGCAGCUCCUCCACCAGAGGAUGAGGAGGAGGAGGAAGAAGAGGAGAAGGUAGAGGAGGAAGCAGAAGAGGAGGAGGACGAGGAGGACAAGAGCAGUGAAAAUCUGGAGUUGAAGCCCAAGGGAGGAAGGCAGACGAGGACGCCGCGACGAUCACAAGCCAGCUUGGACUCGGCAGAGACGACACCGCAGAAAAGGAGAGGACGUCCCCCAAAGUCCGCUCAGCCGCCUGCCAAGAAACCAGCGACUGGUGGGCGAUCGAAGGCAGCCGCUGCUAAAGACGAUUCUGAGGAGGAAGAAGAAGAAGAGGAGGAAGAGCAGGAGGACGAGCCGACACCGAAGGGGAGGAAGAAGGCAGCAGGGCGGAGGAGAUGAACAGAAAGUCGAAGGAGGGCAAACUAAAAACAACAUCCUCUCGAAAGUUGUGGAGGAAUGAUGUGGGAAAAGAAAAUAUGGACAUUGAACUUUUUAAACUUUUCAUAUGCCGAUGCUCCUACUGUUACACAAAUUCACAUACUUGCAUAUACCACAUGCACACUACAUCAGUACAUCGGUAUCAUCAGCUGUGGGUUGUUGCAUUGUGAUGAUGUUCGCCACAUUAGGUAGAAAUAAUUUUAACAGAAAAACAAAAAAAGAUGGCUCCUGUAAAUAGUCUCUUCUGUCUGUUUCAUGUUCUGUUGUUGUGUUUGAUGCUGACUGGGGGGAUGCUGUGAAGCCUUUACCCGCUGAUACUAUUAUUAUUAUUAUUAUUAAAGUGCUCCCUUAAAGCAAUAUUGCUAAUGAAUCAUUCCCUCUGUGUCACACUUUUAAAAACUGAAAGAGAGUAACCAUUUUCUUUUUUUUUGUGACCUUAAUUGUGUCAUUUUCAUUUUUUGUUUACAGUUCUGUAUAUUAAAACCUUUUUUUUACCAUGUAUUGAGAAGUUGAAAAGUGUCCCUGUUCAAAUGUAGAGUUGCCUCUGAAGAAGAUUGUAGUGUGCGUCUCAUUUUUAGGUUUGUACUUGCUGGUAUUUGAAAAGUGAGCCGCCUUGGUUUUAGUGUUCGUCACCGCUGAUUAACUUGGCCUCACAUCCACCCAGUCAGAUCCUCUGUUGUAUCAAUAUAAUUCUCUAUAAAACCUGA